CUGGUGCAGUGUCGCCCCCCUCCCCCUUCCGGCCCCUCCUGCACCAGCGAAGAAAUGCGUCCCGGCCAUGUUCGGACGUUGCUCGCGUCCCUUUUCUUCGCUCCGGCAGCCUUUGGCAAGAUCGCACCGAAGGUCAUGAUUGUCAGCAUGUUCAUUAAUGAACAAGAUGCGUGGUGGGGGAUUCCCGAAUUCAACGUUCUCGAGAAGAACAUCACAGUCCCGGGCCUGUCGCCCAUCUUCCCCCAGAUCCACUGCACGAAGAACACCGACAUCUGCCAGGUCACCACCGGAGAAGGCGAGAUCAACGCGGCCAGCACCCUCACCGCGCUCCUCUACUCCAAAAAGUUCGACCUCACCUCCACCUACUGGCUGAUCGCCGGAAUCGCCGGCGUCAACCCCAAGGUUGCCACGAUUGGAUCCGUCACCUUUGCCCGGUAUGCGGUGCACGUCGGGCUGCAGUACGAGAUCGACGCCCGGCAGAUGCCGAGUAACUUUUCCACCGGCUACUUUCCCCAGGGCUCGUCGCAGCCUGGCGUGUUUCCCCCUGAGCUGUACGGCACGGAAGUCUUCGAGGUCAACGAGCCGCUCCGGCAGAUCGCCUACCACCUCGCCAAGAACGCGACGCUCGCCGAUAACGACGCAGCACGCGCCCAGCGCAGGCUGUAUGCUGCGACGCCCGGCUUUGCGGCGGGCGGAUCCCCCGCGGGCGUGGGCGUGUACCUGUGCGACACGGCGACGUCGGACCAGUACUGGGACGGCUCGCUCCUCGGGGAGGCGUUUGAGAACACGACGAGCGUGUGGACGAACGGCACCGGCGUGUACUGCACGACGCAGCAGGAGGACAACGCCACGCUUGAGGCACUCCUCCGCGGAACCCUCGCCAAGCUCACCGACUACUCCCGCGUGAUUAUCAUGCGCACUGCGUCCGACUUCGAUCGGGCCCCGGCUGGCGAGAGCACGUACGACAGUCUUACGGGUGACACGCCUGGAUUCGGCCCGUCCAUCUUGAACUUGCAUCUGGCGGGUGUCAAGGUUGUCGAGGCGAUUGUUGGCGAUUGGCAUGCGACGUAUAAGAAGGGCAUCAAGGCCACCAACUACAUCGGCGACGCAUGGGGAUCGUUGGGUGGCCAGCCGGACUUUGGGCCUGGAAGCAUCUUUGGGGGCAAGGGCGCCUUUGUCGACGAUGACGAGGAGGAUUGA